AAUCUUCCAAAUAAGAAUACGGAGAUUGACUUCUAUCUCUAUUUAAUGAAAAAUCUUGACGAGAAUAAGUGUCUUCUCAGUAAAAACCCUUUCUACUUCUUCUUAAUGAAGAAUAUGAGGUAUCCUCUUCCUGGUGAUG